AUGAAUACAACGACGGCCCCCCUCAAGGUUCUCUUCGGCCUCUCAUUUCUUGUUCCUUACCUCUUGGCGCAAGACCAUACUCAGUGCGUAGAUAGCGGAUCAGACUGGUAUACGAGUGUCACAGGGGAGACACCAUGCCGGACAUAUGAACGGUUACGCAAGAUAUGCAAUAGCAAUUAUGUCUUGGGGGCCUUGGGUCCCAAGACUCCUCCGGAUACAUGCGACGACCAAGUUGCUGACUGUUGUUGCAAUUCAAUCGCGUUCGGCCUUAGUAUGCUGUGUUUGACAUGCCAGCGAGGAAUAGGGUCCAGUGGCAACGGCAUCGACGCUGGUGCAUUUACGAAUGACAUACAAACGGCAGUGUGCAACAAUGAACUGAAGAUCCACGACAAUUUCUAUGACCGGGUGUUUUGGAGCGAUGGAUCGUGGUUCUAUACGUGGUCCCGCGAAUUUAUGGAAAAGACCAAUGCUGCUGAUGCAAAUAAUUCUUUCACGCAUUGCGCAUCAACGACCUUAAACGGAACCAGUAGUUCACAGUCUCAGUCGACGUCGAUUUCGAAAACGACCACACUUUCCCUGUCGACAUUGCUUUCACAGUCGAGCACGGAUUCUGCCGCUGCGAGUGCCACUCCAGCUUCCACAUCUAUACAGAAAGAAAGGUCAUCAAAAUCUCUGAGUGCGGGGGCUAUAGCAGGGAUCGUGGUAGGAAGCAUCGCAGGAGCAGGAGCGAUCACGCUUUCUCUCCUCUGGUUGUGCUGGUACCGCCGACGAUAUGCUGUUAUCGAAGACUCGGAGACCUCGCCACAUCCCUUCCCUGUCGGCCACACUCCAUCCGUUCCCGACAAUACUUCCACCACUCUACUCCCGUAUCGAAGCCCACCGUCCACGAGGAGUCUCGUCCCAGGAGAGAGACGGUUCGGGGAGAAACGACAGAGAGAACUACCGCCUGAUUAUACCGAAUAG